AUGAUUCCGACGCAGAACGCGAACGCGUCGGGCAGCCCCGCCAACAGCUUCGAGACCGACGCGACCUGCACGAGCACGGACGCGCACUCGAAGAUCGAGGCGCUCUGCGUCGGCCGGACGUCCUGCGACCUCGGCUCGGAUUCGCGGACGUUCGGGUCGCCGUCGAACGCGUGCCCCGCGUCCAAGUGGGCCGCGGUCGCCGUGCGCUGCGCCGCGGCGGCGCCGAGCUACCGCUACGUCGUCGACCUCGGCGCGGAGCUCCAGGGCGGCGUGCUCCUCCGCGUGCCGGCCCACGACCGGCGGCGGGCGGCGGACGUCGUCGUGCGGCUCGGGGAGGCGCGGCUCCCCAACGGGUCCGUCGAGUUCCACAUGACGACGGGCAACGACUACGAGGAGCGCUGGGCCCCGUACGAGGAUGGCUCCGAAUCCGUCUUCGACAUGGGCCACGAGUACCGCGAGUUCCGCUGGGCCGAGGUCGCGAACUCGCCCGCGCCGCUGGAAAAGGGCGACGUCGGCGCGUGGAUCGUCCGCUACCCGCUCGACGCGGCCGCGUCGACCUUCGCGAGCGCCAGCGACCGCCUCGACGCCGUCUGGGCCCUCGGCAAGGACACGAUCGUCGCCACGGCGUUGGACGUGAACACGGACAGCAACACGCGGCAGCGGGACAACUGCGGCAUCGACGCGCACGUCGCCUUAACCGGCCAGCUCGCGACGACGGCCGACGCGUCGCUCCCGCUCCGGUCCCUGGGCUUUUUGCUCCGCGCGGGCGACGGCGUGCGGCCGUCCUGGGUCGAGGACAAGCUCAGCGCCGUCUGGGGCCUCGCCGCGGUGCUCCGCGCGGACCCGGCGUCGCCGACGGCGCUCGCGCUCGCGAACCGGACCUACGCCGCGCUCAAGAACCUGACGCUCCUGCCGGCCUACUACGACGCGUCGGCGCACGUCGUCGUCAAGGGCAACCCGUCCUGGCUCCAGAAGAAUUUCCCCAAUUCCACGUGCGAGAAAUGCGAGCCGGAUUUGGUCGACUACCCGGGCCAGUACCUGGACGGCUACGACUCGCCCAACAACCGGUCGACGUCGACGAACGCGCACGUCUUGGACGCCGCGCGGGACCUCGCGACCAUCGCACGGGCACUGGCGGCCACCGAUGGCUCCGCGAAGCAGGCGUACCUCGACGACGCCGAGGCCCACGACGCCGUCGCCGACGCCAUCGCCGCGACGCUGUCCUCCGAGGCCUUCUUCGACGGCACUGUCUUUGUCGACGGCGACGGGUCGACCCAUGCGAGCAUCGCGGCGCAGUACCUCGCCUGGGGCGCCGGCGCGCCGAAGAAUCCGUCCGCGGCGGCGCUCCGGGCCUUCGCGGCCGCCGUCGCGAACAAGACGUUCGGACGCGCGGAGCCGGCCUACUCGUGCAUGGGCGCCUACUGGGUCCUGCGCGCCCUCUACGGCGCGGCGCUGCGCGACGGCGACGCCGACUACCGCGCCGCGGCGCGCGCCGCCGCCGAAGUCGCGCGGCGCGUGCUCGUCGCGGACGAGACGUGGCAGCUGAUGCUCGCCGCGGGCGCGACGGCGACGAUGGAGGUCUGGACCGUCGCCGACAAGGGCAACCCGACGUGGUCGCACCCCUGGUGCUCGGCGCCGGCGACGGCCGUGCCCGCCUGGCUCGGCGGCGUCGCGCCCGCGGAGGGCUCGCCGGGCCGGCUCCUCGUGCGGCCGCAGCCCGGCGCGCUCGCGUCCUUCGAGCUCACCGCACCGACGCCCUCGGGGGCCGUCGCCGUCGCGCUAGCGCAGGACGCACACGUGCUGAAUCUGACGGUGACGAUCCCGGCGAACGCGACGGGCGCGCGCGUCUGCCUCCCGCGCGCGGCCGACGCGACCGGCGACGACGCGGCCGACGCGCUCACGCUCGACGGCGCGGCCGUCGACGCGCCCGAGUUCGACGGCCACGUGCUCUGCCACCCGGCGGACCUCCCGCCCGGCACCCACGCCCUGAGCCGCGCGAGCGCGAGGCAGCCCGCGCGCAGCGCGAUGGCGGCGGCCUGGCUCCUCGUCGUCGCGCUCGCGCAGCGAGCGCGAUGCGUGCCGCACCCGAGCACGGCGGGCGUGGAUCUCUACGAGGCCAUCGGCGCGUCGCGCGGCGCGGCGACGGAGGCGCUGCUCGCGGACCACGCCGCCGCCGUCGCGGCGACGAUGCCGGCCCUCGAGGCCGCGGCGUCCGACGUCGUCGACGAGGCCACGGCGGCCUUCGAGGCGCACGACGCCGCGCUCGCCGCCGUCGACGAGGCCCUGCUCGUCGCGCGGCGCAAGCGGCUCGAGGUCAACGCGGAGCUCGACGCGGCGGCGAAGGCGCUCCGCGCGGCGACGCUCGCUUUGAACCGGUCCGCGGAGGGCGGCCCCCUCGCCGACGCCCUCGAGACCUACGCGACGGCCUACAACUUGACGGCCAAACUCGUCGACGACGCCGUCAAGGGCGGCACGAAGCUGCGGCUAAAAAAGAGCGACCCGAAGCUGAACGCGAAAUUGGAAGCGAACGUGACGCGCGCGCUGCUCGGCGUGUCGCUGUCGCCGGCGGCCAACGCGACGCUUAAGCGCGCCUUCGACGCCAUGCGCUGGGACCGGUCGCCCAAGGACCGGUGGGACGCCGUGCUCACCGUCGACGACUUCCUCGACGGCGGCGAGCCGCGGCUGUCGCGCGCCGCGAUCGCGGCGCUCGGCCCGAUCGACUGGAGCCAGCCCCUGGACCCGCUCCGCGUCGAGCGCGACGCCGAGCGCAAGCGCCUCAACGCCUACUUCGACUACGAGGGCCCCGGCGGCAUCUCGUACGCGAAAUUUCAAGCGGCCGUCCUCCGCAAGGUCGCGCACCUCGACGCGGGCGCCGUCGACGGCUUCGUCGCGGCCAUCGCCUUCGCGGACCCGGCGGUCAAGCCGGGCAACGUCACGGCGGACUCGGCGCGCGCGCUCCUCGACCUCGUCAACGACACCGCGGUCUCGAUCGAGGACCCGGAGCGGUGGACGGAUCGGCGGUCGCUCCUCGACGUCGAGGGCCCGCCGGCCGCGGCGUCCCUCGCGGAGUCGAUUCGCGCGUCCUGCGUCCAGCUCGAGGCCGUGCCGCCGCUCCUCGCGCGCGCGGAGCGCCUCGAGGACGACGCCGCGGAGCUCCGGCUCGCGGCCGAGGCGAAGCUCGCGGACGCGGACGCGGCCGGCCUCGCCGCCGACGCGGCUUUGGAACGCGCGCGGGCGCCCGUCGCCGCCCUCGAGCAGCGCGGCCGCGUCCUCGACGCCGCCCGCGAGACGCUCGGCGACCCGGAGCGGCGCGCGCGCUACGACGCGCCAUGCCGCCCGUCGCGCGACGCGCCGGGCUGCUGCGCGCGCGCGCUCCCCUCCGGCGGCGUCGAGCUCGAGUGCGCGGCGCCGGCCGCGGGGUAA